GCUGUUUGUAAAUACACGUGCGUGCUUCGCAAAUUUCACAAUUGUUAUUAACUAACUACAAAAAGAACUUAAAAAGCUGCAUGUGUAUAUAAAAAAGCCGGAAUUACUGUUGAAUACAUCACAUUCGCGAUUUUAUAUUAAAACAUUUACAGCCGUAUAUUCGAGUUACCCAAUUUCAUAAUAUGGCCGAUGCUCACAAAUAUAGCGAUGCAGAGGAGGAUGAAAGCGACCUGAAAAACUCAGAGUGGCUGGAUGACUUCAAAGCUCUGACAGUUAAGCACGAUAUAUUUAAGGACCUCAAACUGAAUGAAAAGGAGGCCAGCGAUGAUCUGUGUCAAAAAGUUAUUGACGAUAUCGACGCCGAUGAGGAGGCUGAUUUGGACGAUGCUGAUGACUAUGACGAUGAAGACUAUGAUCAGGACGAUGGCUAUGAUGCAUAUGAGGAAGCCUACAGUGGCUUUAACAAGCUCAAUGCACAAUCUCAUCUCACAAAUGCAGCUGGUGGUAAUAGCGGCGGAGGCGGCGGCUCUGGCGCUAGAGUUGGUGGAGGAACUCAGCGUGUUAGCAGCUAUCAACCAAAUGAGAAGCUAUUGCGCCGUUACUCGACACGCAUUAAUGUCGAGAAAUACGAUCCAAAUGCAAAUAUGAGCGCCCAGGCGGCUAAUCGAUUGGUCAGCUUCGAUCGGCGACAGGAGACGGAACGAGUUCGUGUGCGCGACAAGCACGAUCGCGCCACGGCAGAGCAGGUGAUGGAUCCACGCACUCGCAUGAUACUCUUUAAGCUAUUGAAUCGAGGGCUGAUUCAAGAAAUCAACGGCUGCAUCUCCACGGGCAAGGAGGCGAACGUUUAUCAUGCAGUGUCCAAAAAUGGUGGCGAUGAGUAUGCCAUUAAAAUCUACAAGACUUCCAUACUGGUGUUCAAGGACCGAGACAAGUAUGUGUCGGGUGAGUUUCGCUUCCGUCACGGUUACUGCAAGCAUAAUCCUCGCAAGAUGGUACGCACAUGGGCCGAAAAAGAAAUGCGCAACUAUUUGCGUAUGCGAAAUGCUGGUGUACCGGUUCCUGAGCCCAUUCUUUUGCGUUCGCAUGUGCUCGUCAUGCGUUUCUGCGGUAAGGAUGGUUGGCCAUCGCCAAAGCUAAAGGAUGUCGAGAUAAGCACAUCGAAGGCGAGAGAAUUAUACCGUGAUUGUGUGGUUAUCAUGUGGCGUAUCUACAAUCAAUGUCGUCUAGUACAUGCCGAUCUCUCUGAGUUCAACAUCCUCUACGAGAAUGGCCAGCUGGUUAUCAUCGAUGUUAGCCAAGCAGUGGAGCACGAUCAUCCACAUGCAUUUGAUUUUCUACGCAAGGAUUGCACCAACAUAUCGGAGUUCUUCCGCAAAAAGUCCGUAGCCACGAUGACCGUCAAAGAGUUGUUUGACUUUAUAACGGAUCAAACGAUUACCGAAGAGAAUAUAGAAGAGUGUCUAGAGCGUAUUUCCGAGCGCAUCAAGGAUCGCGAUUUCGAUGCAAUCACAGCACAAGAGAAGAUCGACGAGGCCGUUUGGCAGAGCACAUACAUUCCCAAGCGUUUGGACGAGGUUCCUCACUUUGAACGGGAUGUCGCGAAAGCCAAGCAGGGUGUACAGCAAGAUCUCGUGUAUGCCAAGAUCACUGGCCUAACGUCUGAGCUAGAUGUCAAAAAACAGCCAGACGUUCUGGAAGCUAAGCAAAAUAAUGAAGAUAGUGAUAAGGAGGGCAGUGAGAACGAAAGUGAUGAAUCACAAGAGGGUGACGAAACUAUAAAAGCAUUUAAGAAUUCAGCACGUCCGCGAGACGAGUCGCCCGACAGUAAAAAAGCGCGCAAGAAGGCAGUGAAAGACGCCAAAGCUGAACAGAGAAAGGUCAAAGUGAAGAAACAUGUAAAGAAACGCAAGGAGAAACUUGGCAGCAUGAAAAAUUAGAAUAUACUUGUAAGAUAGACCUUUGAAAAAUAAAAAUAAAUGUAAUAUGGAAGUA